UAAAACAAAAUUGAACCCAAAUUAGAUUCUUCCCCUCCUAUUUUGCUCACCACUUUAGAUUCUCCAUGCCAGCUCGUCUCUUUUCCUAACCCAACUCUUUCUAAUAGAUUCUUCCUCUUCUACAUCCUUUGCAACCCAGAUCUGGUUGAUGACAUCAUUUUUUUGCAUCUCCUUUAUCUUCUUCCUUUGCUGCAAUGUAGCACUGAGGUCUUGAUAAAUGACAUCUGCAAGAAUACCAAAGGCUUUGAUUUUUGCUCCAAAACCUUGCACAACAACUUGUGAUAUGCUCUACACAUUCUCAAAUAUGGGUUUCUCGCCCCUAUCUGCACACCGAAAUUUGGUUUCCGUUAGCUUGUUUCCUAAACUAGUUUGUUGGAGCAAUCCAAGUCCAAUCAAAGUAAAUUUUGAGUUAGCGAGAGAGAAAGAGAUGGAUAAUUGGAGGCAAUUGUAGGUCAAGGAGUUAAAGUUUGCAAAAGGUGAAGGAAAGGAAAAAGAGAGAGAAAAAAGCCCUCAAUUCAACCAAACCUCAUAGGAGUUACAAUUUUAAGCUUGAUUUGCAGUGGCUAUGGAGCUCAAUCUUUGCCAGAAACAAACAAGUAAUCAUUGGUUAGAUCUCUCCUUCAAUUUAUUGAAUUUAGACACAUUAAAUUGAGCAAAGAAGACUCAUAUUCUUCGAUUUAUAGGAUUCAAGUGUGAGAAUCUCUUGUGGGUUCAAUCUUGACUAUGUUUGGUGUGUGAUCUAUUGUUUCAUGAAGUGAAAUUCAUAAAAUCAAGUAGAAAUUCUUUU